AGAGAAACUUUGCGUGAUUGUGGUUUAGACGCUUUCACCUUGGCAUUCGCGGCAACCACCGAACAUACCUUCGCUUAAAUUCAUCCGCUUCUGACGGACAGCGGCGAGGAAUCCCCCUCAGGAGAGACAGGGGGCUGCAUCCUCUGAGGCUGUUCAUGCCGGAUAAAGUUUAUGAGCAGCGUGGUAGAGGAGAGAGGAUAACGACUCGGUUGCGCACCUUUCCAUAAACUUAUUGGGAAGUCGCUCGUCGCCAGCCAAUUGAAAUGGGCACCUUGCGCGACCUGCAGUACGCGCUCCAGGAGAAGAUCGAGGAGCUGCGUCAAAGGGAUGCGCUCAUCGACGAACUGGAACUGGAGCUCGACCAGAAAGAUGAGCUUAUACAGAGACUACAGAACGAGCUGGACAAAUACCGCUCCGUUAUCAAACCGGCAACCCAGCAGGUCCACAAGCAGAGUGAGCUGCACGAGCAGCAGCGGACGAAGAGGCAGGCAAUUUCGGCCGAGCCCACUGCCUUCGACAUCCAGGAUCUUAGCCAUGUCACCCUACCUUUCUACCCCAAAAGCCCACAGUCCAAGGAUCUGAUCAAGGAGGCAAUCUUGGACAAUGACUUCAUGAAGAACCUGGAGCUGUCGCAGAUCCAAGAGAUCGUGGACUGCAUGUACCCUGUGGAGUAUGGAAAGGACAGCUGUAUCAUUAAGGAAGGCGAUGUGGGCUCACUGGUCUACGUCAUGGAAGACGGGAAGGUGGAGGUGACGAAGGAGAGCCUGAAGCUCUGCACCAUGGGGCCAGGAAAGGUGUUUGGAGAGCUGGCUAUUCUCUACAACUGCACCAGGACUGCCACUGUCAAGACUCUAACAAAUGUGAAGCUGUGGGCCAUCGACCGACAGUGUUUUCAGACGAUCAUGAUGAGGACGGGUCUCAUCAAGCACACAGAGUAUAUGGAGUUUCUGAAAAGCGUCCCAACAUUCCACGACCUGCAGGAAGAUAUUCUCAGCAAGCUUGCCGAUGUCCUUGAGGAGACACAUUAUGAAAACGGAGAGUACAUCAUCAGACAGGGGGCCAGAGGAGACACCUUCUUCAUCAUCAGCAAGGGAAAGGUUAAUGUGACCAGGGAAGACAUGCCCAAUGGAGAUCCUGUCUACCUGCGCAGCCUCGGAAAAGGAGACUGGUUUGGAGAGAAAGCGCUGCAAGGGGAGGACAUCAGGACGGCCAACGUCAUUGCAGCAGAGGCCGUCACCUGUUUAGUCAUCGAUAGAGAUUCAUUCAAGCACCUGAUUGGAGGUUUGGAGGACGUGUCCAGUAAAGGCCAUGAGGAUGCUGAUGCAAAAGCCAAGUAUGAAGCAGAGAAUGCGUUUUUCUUCAAUCUCAACCUAGCUGACUUCAACAUCAUCGACACCCUGGGAGUUGGUGGCUUUGGUCGUGUUGAGCUGGUUCAGCUGAAGAGUGAUGAGAACAAAACCUUCGCCAUGAAGAUCCUGAAGAAGCGGCACAUUGUUGACACAAGACAGCAGGAGCACAUUCGUUCAGAGAAACUCAUCAUGCAGGAGGCCCAUUCUGACUUCAUUGUUAGACUCUAUAGAACAUUCAAGGACAGCAAGUACCUCUACAUGUUGAUGGAAGCUUGUUUAGGAGGAGAGCUGUGGACCAUUCUUCGAGACCGAGGUUCAUUUGAGGACGCAACCACCAGGUUUUACACAGCUUGUGUGGUGGAGGCCUUCGCCUACCUACAUUCCAAAGGAAUCAUCUACAGAGACCUCAAACCAGAGAACCUUAUAUUGGACCACAGGGGCUAUGCCAAACUGGUCGACUUUGGCUUUGCCAAGAAGAUCGGGUUUGGGAAGAAAACGUGGACCUUCUGUGGGACACCGGAGUAUGUAGCACCAGAGAUCAUUCUGAACAAGGGCCACGACAUCUCAGCUGACUACUGGUCUCUAGGAAUCCUCAUGUUUGAGCUCUUAACUGGCAGCCCUCCAUUCUCUGGCCCUGAUCCUAUGAAAACCUACAACAUCAUCCUGAGAGGCAUCGACAUGAUUGAAUUUCCAAAGAAGAUUACCAAAAAUGCUGCCAACCUAAUCAAAAAGCUAUGCAGGGAUAAUCCUUCUGAACGACUGGGAAACUUGAAAAAUGGUGUCAAAGACAUCCAAAAGCACAAAUGGUUUGAGGGCUUUAACUGGGAGGGCUUGAAGAAGGGGACGUUGACGCCUCCUAUUAUCCCUAAUGUCACAUCAGCAGUCGACACAAGUAACUUUGACAGCUUCCCAGAGGACAACGAGGACCCGCCUCCUGAUGACAACUCCGGCUGGGACGUUGAUUUUUGAAGCCCUCCUCUCCCCUUAAAACCAAAAGAAACUCUUCUUUUGUUGGCUUGGAGGCCAUCUCGAGGACAUGGCUGUGUUGUUAAAAAAACUGCUUUAAAAAUGAAUGAGAGGAUAUGGAAAAGAAGAUAAACGAACGGAUGGCACACCCUCUGGGUCACCAAUAUGCCUUUAUUUCACUGUGGCUCUGGAUCAAGCAUUUAUAAUGGGACUGCUGUAGCACUUCUUCGAUGUAGUCUUACACUCGGCUCUAAAGGAAAAGGCAAAGGAAGUGCAGGGAUACACAUAUACACAACGCAACAAUGGUUGAUAAUGGAGCCAGGUUUUCAUGGUUAACGGAAAAAUGUUUAGUGAGCGUAUUCAUUUUCUUGUGUUUUGGUUCGAGGAUAAAUACGAAUGAAAAUGGAUGGAUGGCUUAAAAAGAGAGGAGGCUGAUGAUUGAUUCCCCCCCUCCCUGUAUUUGUUUGUCCAUAAUAUUUGGUGAAAUAUUUGCUGGACUUUGGGAGGGUAUAAGAUGUUACUGCAGUUGCUCCCUGGUUUUUAACAUGCAGCUGCUUGCUGCACUCUCUGAUACUUUCCAGAGAUCUACUCCUUACAGUUUGCAAGUAAAACUGGUAUCAAGUGCUCAAGACUAACCUGAAUGUCACUGAUUUUCUUAUUUAACAUCCAUAUGGCAUACAGCAUGUACGGUACAUAAAGUAUUUGAAUUUACACAAAUACAGCCGGGCUAAAAUCAAAUACUUGGUACACUUUAUGUAAGAUUAACCUACCUUGAAAAGCACAAACACUGUGCAUUCAGUGGAAAGAGACACGACUCUUUAAGUGCCCUGCUUAAAAUUUAUUGAUUCAUACACCGACACACAUGAAAUGUCAGCUAGUAUUUCCAUGAAGUAACAUGUCAUUAUGCACUUAAGACCAUUAACUGAGAAAAUCAGCAGUUAUAGCUAAUUUUUAAGCUUCAGUGGAUGACGUCACACUCGUUUUCUGAUCUUUAAUAUGCUUUUUAUCACGCAUAUAAAUGCUUCUCUACCUGCAUACAUUUUGUUUUUUAACCACCCAAAUGCCUCGUCCUCUGUUCUCGCCUGUAUAGAUCUGACAUAACUGUGAACAUGGUUUCAAUGUUUUUGGUGCUGUUAUAAAUUUUAAUAAGCGAUGGUGAUAUGACAGUACUGGUUAUUGUUUUUGUAUUAUUUGUGCUUGAUUUAAAAUGUAAAAUACUUAACUUCCUUCCUUAGAAAAUUUGAGACUUGUUUCACUUUGUAAAUUUGAGUGAAGAUUAGUUUGAUGUCCCUUGACACUGUUACAUUGUGCUAAAUGGUAUUCUCUUUAAACAGGCUUAAAUGUGUUAAGUUCAUCUCUAUAAAUUAACUACUUCCUAAUUUCUUUGGAGGCAAAAUUGACCACAUUCACAUUAUCUUAAGACUACCUUGACUUAACAUCAUCAUAGGGAGGUUUUAGAAUGUCUGCUAGAAACAGGCAGCGAAAGAAAAGAGGGAGAUUAUAUUUUAUGAAACUCACAACUUUGACCACUAGCGCCAUGAUCUCUCACGUCCUAAAUUCAGAGCAUAAAAUCAGAAGAAAUGUAAGUGCCUUAAAUCAAUGGCAUUCAAAAUUAACAUCACAAGUCCUAUUCGAUGCUGCAUGAACACAUAUACACCUCAAAAAACAUAUGUGUCCUCUUAAAUGGCUGCUUCUCAUCCUUUGUUAUAUCUAAUAAAUACAUCAAUCACUCUGGAAAGGGAAUUUCUAGUCAUUUGAUGGCUGACAGAACUGUAUGUGACACAUUUCCUGCUUACCCCUUUGAUUUAUCAAACAGGAACCAUUAUUAAAACUGAUAGCAAUGUAUCAUACCUGAGAUAACUGCAAUGACAUGCUUUUCUCUACAUAUGGUCUUAUGAAGUCAAUCACAACUGGUCUGAGAUAAAGUGAAUCAUAAAUCGGAGGGACCAUCCAUCAUCAAAUGUUUUUGUCAUGAAAUGUAAGCAUUUAGCGAUGGCAAGAAUGAUUUGCAGUUUUGCCACUGUUGACAAUCCUUGACGGUAUGAUAGUACUGAUCAUAAUACAUUUAAAUUCUCAUUUUAUUGUUUGGUUUGACUGAGCCAAUGUUUUAUCCCAGGAAGUCAAACAGAUCAGAAAUUUAAAUUAUAUAAAUCAUUGGAUAAUGUUGAUGGAGAGCUAAAGAUGAGAAGAAAUCUGUAGGCAUACCAUAAGUAUUUUACUGUAUUAAGAGCAGGUUAUGUUUAUCACAAAGCCUUAUGUAUGCCAUCGCAAACCAUUGGUUUUGAGUCUUAUAUUAAUGCCUUCUGCGAUGUUACCUGAUAUUUGCCUUGCGUUAUAUGUUGUUUCUUCUGCUGUAAAUUGAUUUUGCAGAGUGCCACCUGUAAGAUUUUUAAAAUUAUAGAGUAAAAACCAUACUUUUGA